CGCAGGCAGAGGCGGGACCUGGGGGGCUCAGCAGCUGAGAAUUCACUUUCAACGUGAGUUGAAGCUCCAGCUGGCCUUGUUGGUCUGUUGUUUUUUGUUUUCAGGAUGAAUCACAAGUGGGGAUUUGGAGGGGCGCUGAUGGUGUUUACCUGCUGGGCUGCUCAAGGGCAACUCGAUCCCAAAGCAACCCCAGUGCGGAAGAAAGGAAAGAUGAAUGUCCUCUUUAUCAUUGCUGAUGAUCUGCGCACCAGUCUGGGAUGUUACGGUGAUCCGAUAGUGAAAUCACCAAACAUCGAUCAACUUGCCUCCAAGAGUAUUGUUUUCAAAAAUGCAUUCGCCCAACAAGCGUUGUGUGGGCCCAGCAGGACAUCAUUUUUAACGAGUCGCAGACCUGAUACCACACGACUUUAUGAUCACAACUCCUACUGGAGAGUUCAAGCUGGGAAUUACACCACACUUCCUCAAUAUUUGAAGAUGCAUGGCUACUUAACCUUGUCAGUGGGAAAAGUCUUUCAUCCAGGGAUUGUGUCCAAUCACACAGAUGAUUAUCCAUACAGCUGGUCCAUUCCUCCAUUUCAUCCUUCCACACAGAAAUAUAAAAAUGCUAAGGUUUGCAAAGGUCCAGUUGGUGAAAAACGUGCAAAUUUAAUUUGCCCAGUGGAUGUGGAGGAAAUGCCAGAACAGACUCUGCCUGAUAUUCAGAGCACUGAGGAGGCAAUUCGGUUAUUGGAAAAGUUGAAAAGCACAGAAAACCCUUUCUUUUUGGCUGUUGGAUACCAUAAGCCGCACAUUCCACUGAAAUACCCCCAGGAAUUUUUGAAAUUGUAUCCACAUGAUAAGAUACCUUUGGCACCUGAUCCCAAAAUCCCACCGAAACUACCCCCAGUGGCAUAUAAUCCGUGGACUGAUCUGAGAAGAAGAGAUGACGUGAUGGCUCUCAAUUUAAGUUUUCCGUAUGGACCCAUUCCUGAUGAUUUUCAAGUGCUGAUACGCCAGAGUUACUUCGCUGCUGUCUCCUACAUGGAUAGUCAAGUGGGUCGACUGCUAAACACACUGGAUGAGCAGGAACUGGCCAAUAAUACAAUUGUUAUCUUUACCUCUGACCACGGUUGGUCGCUAGGGGAACAUGGGGAAUGGGCUAAGUACAGCAAUUUUGACGUAGCCACCAGAGUCCCUUUGAUGUUUUAUGUCCCAGGGAUGACUGAAGCUUUUCCACAUCCAGGUCAAAGGUUGUUUCCUUUUAUUAACUCCUUCACUGAUGAAGUGGGGAAUCUGCCUCCAGGGUUGAUGAGGGAUGUCAAUGUGGAAUUGGUGGACCUCUUCCCAACUCUCUGUCAAGUCCUCAAACUACCUCAGCCUCCAGCGUGUCCGCCACCUUCCUUUCAUGUGGAUCUGUGUACCGAGGGAAAGAGCAUAGCUCAUUAUUUAAACCCCAAUGCCGCAAGUUGGAACCGGCAAUUGUUUGUCUACACCCAAUACCCCCGGCCAGCGGACACACCACAGAUGAACUCUGAUCUCCCUUUGCUGAAGGACAUUCAGGUCAUGGGAUACUCUAUUCGUUGUGAUGGGUACAGGUACACAGAGUGGGUUGGUUAUAAUGCAUCCACGUUCAGUGCGAAUCUCAGUGCCAUUCAUGCUGGAGAGCUCUACCUUCAUAAAACAGACCCAGGAGAGGAUAACAACUUGUAUAACAACAUUGUAUUUACUGAAAUGGUGCAGAAACUUUCUGCCUUGCUUAGAAAAUGAGGAUUUCUGUGUUAUUUUCUCCAUACAUGAUUUUGUGUUACAUUUUUUACAGAGAAUGACCUGUGCACACCAAAGAACUACCAUGUCUGUAUUUUGCCUGCAAUCCUUUAUUUUAAUAAAGAAACAUUUUGAAUUUAA